GAAUUGUCUUUUCAAGACGCCCAUGUCAUGGCGGAGUGGGGUUCAAGAGCUUCUUGCGUUUUCAAGAAGGCAUCCGUAUCGACCAAGAGGGCUGAGCAUCUCUGCUCAGUUGAAGAGGGGGCUGAAGAUGAAGAGGGCCAACGCCGCUUGUCAGUGGAUUCGCUCCGCUCAGAAGAGAACCCAAGGGCUCCUGAUGGUGCAAGCCACAACGAUCUGGCGAUGUUCCAAAACAUUUUGCCUGCAAUGCCUGCAGACACAAUGCUCAUGGAGCCCCCGACCGUGCUGACACCGCUGAAGCCCCGCCGCAAGAGCAUGGAAGAGACGAUCGGAGAUAUUGCCUAUCAGGAGAUUCUGAACAAGAUGGGACAUCGGGCCAGUGUAGCAAUCUCCAGGACGUGAUUUAGGAUCUUGUGGCCUGCACCGGAACUGUCGUGGAGAGCUUCCUACAUAUCCAGUUUUCAUGCGCAGGAACGCAUGAGUAGCAAGAUGAUGAUAUGUACAGGCACACAUGCACAGGCAAGGAUGCUGACACACCAGCUUCUUUCUUCCAACGUGAAUUCAAAUCAAUGAGGAAGGCCAAUUGAGAGAACG